AUGGGUCUCGCUGCUCCCAAGAACAAAAUAAAACUCUCCCACGAUCCAAAUAAUACAAGAUGGUCUGGAAAUACCGACAGUUUCGGUCAUCGCAUGAUGAAAUCACAGGGCUGGACACCUGGUGAAUAUCUUGGAGCAAAAGAUGCCGCGCAUGCAGAAUUCCAUACCGAAGCCAAUGCAUCGCAUAUUCGUGUGGUGAUUAAAGAUAAUACAUUAGGAUUGGGUGCGAAAAUAGGGAGUGGAGUAGGACAUGGGGAGUGCACAGGUUUAGACGUUUUCCAAAAUUUGUUAGGGAGGUUGAAUGGAAAGGAAGAAGCGGAAAUAGAAAAGGAACAGAAAGGAAGGGAAGACUUGAAGAGGGCAAUUUAUGCGGAGAGGAAAUGGGGGAGUAUUAGAUUUGUUAAAGGAGGGGUUUUGAUUGGUGAUAAGAUUCAGGAUUUAAUUGAUGGAGAGAAGGAGAGACUCAAGGCUUUGGAGAUCAAAGAGAAGGCAGCAGAGAGUAGCAGUGAGGAAAGUGAUUCUAGCUCGGAUGAGGAGGAAGAAGAGAAAUCACCAGAACCUGUGACCGAGAAGAAGAAGUCGUCAAAACGAAAGAGAGAGGAGCAGGAAGACGAAGAGAAGACAUCCAGCAAGAAGAGCAAGAAGGAGAAAAAGGAGAAGAAGGAAAAGAGGAGCAAGAAGAGGAAGAGUGAAGAUGGGGAUGAUAAGGACAAGUCCGAAUCCAAGAAAUCGAAAAAAUCCAAGAAAGAUCGCAAGUCGAAAUCGAAAUCUACCUCCGAAUCCGAAAAUGAAACCUUGGACGAAUCCGCAUUGAAAGCACGCAAAAAGGAAAAGAAAGAAAAAAAGCGAAGAGAGAAAGAAGCAGCAGGCGUAGACACCGAAGAAACAACCUCUACCUCCAAAUCCUCCAAAAAGUCCAAGAAAGAUAAACACAAAUCAUCCUCCACUUCCGAAACCUCCACCAAAGAAAGUACACCAAUAGUCUCAGAGAGUAGUGGAAGAUCAACACCAAUGGGCAUACGCUCUAUACGAGCUCGACAUAUUGCGCAGAAGAGGAUGGCUAGUAUGGAUGUUGCAAGUUUGAACCAGAUUUUCAUGAUUAAAUCGUAG